AUGGCUGGCGACGCAACGAUUCCCCAUUCCCGUCUCCAACCCGCCGCCGCCGCCGCCGCCAGCCCCAACCACCAUCACACCGCUCCCUCUUCAUCCACCCCAUUCAAACUCGACGAGGGUUACUCCGAUGAACCCAAGAGCCAUCUCGACAAUUCCUCACAGAACUUGUCGGCAGAUGAUGGGAUGACUCUUCCAGACUGGCUUCUAGCCCAGAGCGAGGCCGACCGAGCUGAGCUCGCCUACAGUCUACUGCGCACCCUCCAAAUCUCCUCCCUGGCCGCCAUCGUCGACCGCAUCACCCCUCUCCUCCACAUGGACCCCGUUCUCAAACUACCCCCCGAGAUCACCUUCGAGAUCUUCUGCUACCUAGACCCCCAGACUCUCCUGACGGCCUCCUUAGCCUCUCGCGCUUGGCGGGAACGUAUCUGCGAUCCGCGACUCUGGCGCGAGUUAUACAUUCGUGAAGGAUGGCGGAUAGACAUCGACGCUGUUCGCGCCUACGAGGACGAACACUCGCGACCCAUCUCCCCCCAAUCCCGCAAAUCGCGAUCCCGAUACUCCGAUACCGACCUCGGCGAACCGAAGCACAAGAAACGCGUCCCUCCCACGUGGCUGGAUUCCCGGGCAAGCGAGUCGCUGGAGAGCUAUGCCACCACAUUGGAUGAUGGGCAGCAAGGAGGAGGCCCUCCGGAGGCCGACCCUGAGGGAGACCAUUUGAUGAGCGACGCCUCCAAUGUCGCGACGGCCGGCUCCCUGGUCUCAGCGCCCAGCAAUCGACGCAGAACAUCGCUGUCCAAACUCAACGGCCAUUCGAUCUCGGGCCGUCGCUCUGCAAGGUCCCCAUCAUCCCCGCUGUUGCUGCGAAUGCCCAACGGCACCGCGAAAAUCAACUGGCUCCACCUUUACCACCAGCGCUGGCGACUGGAAGAGAACUGGGCCAAGGGCCGGUUCUCCAACUUUCAGCUCCCCCAUCCCUCGCACAUGGACGAAUGUCAUCGGGAUUUUGUCUACUGCAUCCAAUUCUCCGGCAAGUGGCUCGUCAGCGGAAGUCGCGAUACGACCAUUCGCGUGUGGGAUCUCGAAACCCAACGACUGUGCCGGCCUCCGCUGGUUGGCCACGCCCGAUCAGUUUUGUGUCUUCAAUUCGAUGCCUCCCCAGAAGAGGACCUGAUCAUCUCCGGAGGGAGCGACAUGAACGUCAUCAUGUGGCGGUUCUCCACUGGCGAAAAGAUCCACGAGAUCAAACGCGCUCACAACGACUCCGUCCUGAACCUCAAAUACGACAAGCGCUACCUCGUCACUAGUUCCAAAGACAGACUCAUCAAGAUCUGGAAUCGCGCCACCCUCAUGCCUACCGAUAAAGACUACCCGCAGGUGGCCCGCGCCCCCGGCGUGGAGUACCCCUCGUACAUUGUCGACACGAGCAAGAUUCCCUCGCCCGUGUUGGAGGCCGACAUCGCCCGCGGCCACCUCCAAACCCUGGCGCCAUACACCCUCCUCAUGGCACUCUCUGGCCACGGCACGGCUGUCAACGCCGUCCAGAUGGACGAAGACGAGAUUGUCUCAGCGUCCGGUGAUCGUCUCAUCAAGGUGUGGAACCUCCACAACGGCACGUGCAAGAAGACCCUCAUGGGUCAUGAGAAGGGCAUCGCCUGUAUCCAGUUCGACGGCCGCCGCAUUAUCAGCGGCAGCAACGACAACACAAUCCGCAUCUUCGAUCACGCCUCCGGCGCCGAGGUCGCCUGUCUCCAGGGCCAUAGUGAUCUGGUGCGCACGGUGCAAGCCGGCUUCGGUGAUCCCCCUGGCGCCGAAGAGACCAUGCGACUCGAGGCUUUGGCCGUCGAGAACAACUUUUGGGAUGCCCGCCGAUCCGGCGCUGCCGUCGACCUUGGCCCGCGCGCCCUGCGCCGUGCCGGUCACCAGCAGAAUACGGCCGGCUCGCGCAACCCGCGCGAUCUCAAGGCCCUUGGGGCCCGCAUCCCACCUGGUGGCGGUGGCAGUCGCUGGGCCCGAAUCGUCUCAGGCUCCUACGACGAGAAUGUCAUCGUCUGGAAAAAGGACAAGAAGAACCAGUGGGCGGUGACCCAGAAACUCUCGUACAAGGCCGCGGUCCAAAACGCCCAUUCAGCCGCCAUCCUCUCACAUCGUGAGCCACGGACGCGUGCGGCGGUGGCAGCGGCCCUAGCCGCCGCCCAACCCCAACAGCAAGCCCCGACGACCAACCAAGCCGGUGUCCCGGAGGGCCACAACCGCCGUCAUCGACAUAACGCACCCCAGCCCCCGCGAGUGUUUAACCUCCAAUUCGAUGCCCGGAAGAUCAUCUGCGGCAGUUCCGACCCCUACAUCGUCGGAUGGGAUUUUGCCGGACUCGACGAGGAUCUCCAGGAGGCGUGUCAGUUCUUUACUAGUCUGUGA